CCACACCGUCGCCCGCACAGCAAAAACGGACGACGUCAAAUGGCAUUUCCCAUUUUGCCGCGUCGGGAGCGCUGUGUUGAGGAAACCAGGAGGCAGACGAAGAGCAGCAGCAUAGAUGGACUUGGCUAUUCGAGUGAACGUGCGGUAUGCAGCGCCACCCAACUCACACAUCAAGGAUGCGCUGCGGCUAUUCAAGAGCCCGCGGUGGGUGCAAAGCAUCAUCCGAUACAUCAUGCCCCAAUUGAACAGUGUCUCGCCUGCGUCUGCGGCAUGCGUUGAUGCGCUCAAGGACAGCGUGGUGCCAGUCACCAAUGGCGACGCGUGUGUCGUGUGCAUGGACAGCUUUGACAACGACUGCGUGGAACUGCCAGGGUGCCGCCACAAGUUUCACCUGUCGUGCAUCGACCCGUGGUUGAAGCUGCACAGCACGUGCCCCACAUGUCGGCACCAAUUGCCCACCGACGCAUUUAGCAAUUACAGCGUGUACGCGAUCAACACAACCAUCAUCCUUCAGCAGUCUCAGGCAAACAUGCCCACCGCCCAACUGCUGGAACUUCCCGCUAGCAACCAAGUUAUUCGAGCUGUCGUAAACGCACGUGUUCGGCGUAACCCGCCCACAACAUCCAAUUCGACUCUCACGUCUUCGUCCGCGACUACGACCACCGCGGCUUACUGCAGCGGACUUUCCACGAUGAUGCCGCCUGUCAUGAACGCGCGCAUCCUCCAGCAAGGACAUGUGGGCGACCUCGACUCAUACGACUCGUUGGACAGCCCAUUACAUGAUUGUUUGCCCACGCCACGCCUGUCGACUAGGCACCACCGUAGUCAUCUUGCGCAGGUACCGCUCAUGCAACAGACUCCGGCGCCACCGCUGACUCGGCGCCGAUGUCGCGAAGUUGCCAACAGCAGCAACAACCACAAACGGGCGCGGCUGGCCACGUCGCCGCCGCCAGAGAUCAUUGCGUCGUCCGUCUAGCGGUCGUUCGGUUCCAUCAUGCUUUGCUCAUUCCACUCCACUGCGCUCUCUCUUCCCACAUAGUCUCGAUUAUUAAUUUAUCCAGCAUACUAGGUAGCUUUCCCA